CUCCUCCUUCGUUCUCCCAUUGGCCGAGCACGCCGAGCCCCGCCCACUGAGCGGUCCUCAUUGGCUAUCCAUCGCUUCCAGGCUUUGAUUGACGGAUGUGGAAGGGAGGCGGUCCCUGAGGGCAGAGCGAGAAGAAGGAAGGCCGUCCAUUUUGGAGAGGCUGAGGUCGAGCUUGUUUUGGAGAGAAGGAAGAAGGCUUCGUGGGAAGAAAGAGAUAAGAAAGAAAAAAAAGAAGAGUCAAUUAACUGUAUUCCAAUUGAACAUCCAUAUCACUAUUGACAUGAAGGAGAAAGCAUCUAGCUGUCUGGAGUGUGGAAAGAGCUUUGCUCAGCGUGGAAGCCUACAUUUACAUCAAAGGACUCACACUGGUGAGAAACCCUAUACAUGCCUGGAGUGUGGAAAGAGCUUUGCUCAGCGUGGAAGCCUACAUUCACAUCAAAGGACUCACACUGGGGAGAAACUCUAUACAUGCCUGGAGUGUGGAAAGAGCUUUGCUCAGAGUGGAAACCUACAUUCACAUCAAAGAACUCACACUGGGGAGAAACCCUAUGAAUGCCUGGAGUGUGGAAAGAAAUUCACUGAGAGUGGAACACUACGUAAACAUCAAAGGACUCACACUGGGGAGAAACCUUGUACAUGCCUGGAGUGUGGAAAGAGCUUCACGAAAAGUGCAGCUUUAAGUACGCACCAGAGGACUCACACUGGGGAGAAACCCUAUACAUGCUUGGAGUGUGGAAAGAGCUUUGCUCAGAGUGGAAGCCUACGUUCACAUCAAAGGAUUCACAGUGGGGAGAAACCCUAUCAAUGCCUGGAAUGUGGAAAGAGCUUCACUGAGAGUGGAACACUACGUAAACAUCAAAGGGCUCACACUGGGGAGAAACCCUAUAUAUGCCUGGAGUGUGGAAAGAGCUUCACUGAGAGUGGAGGCCUAUAUUCACAUCAAAGGACUCACACUAGGGAGAAACCCUAUACAUGCCUAGAGUGUGGAAAGAGCUUCACUCAAAAUUCAGCCCUACAUUUACAUCAAAGGACUCACACUGGGGAGAAACCUUAUACAUGCCAGGAGUGUGGCAAGAGCUUCUCUCAGAGUGUACAUUUAGAUAUACAUCUAAGGUCUCACACUGGGGAGAAACCCUAUAAAUGCCUGGAGUGUGGACAGAGCUUUUCUUAUAGUUCAGUUCUACGUUCGCAUCAAAGGAUUCAUACUGGGGAGAAACCCUAUACAUGCAUGGAGUGUGGAAAGAGCUUCACUAAAAAUUCAGCUCUACAUUUACAUCAAAGGACUCACACUGGGGAGAAACCCUAUACAUGCCUGGAGUGUGGAAAGAGCUUCUCUCAGAGUGCACAUUUAGAUAUACAUCUAAGAUCUCACACUGGGGAGAAACCCUAUACAUGCCUGGAGUGUGGAAAGAGCUUCAAUCAAAAGUCAACUCUACAUUUACAUCAAAGAACUCACACUGGGGAGAAACCCUAUACAUGCCUGGAGUGUGGAAAGAGCUUCACUAAAAAAUCAGCUCUACAUUCACAUCAAAGGACUCACACUGGGGCAAAACCCUAUACAUGCUUGGAAUGCGGAAAGAGCUUCACUAGUAGUUCAUACGUACGUUCACAUCAAAGGAUUCACACUGGGGAGAAACCUUAUACAUGCCUGGAGUGUGGAAAGAGCUUCACUCAGAGUUCAGCUCUAAAUACUCAUCAAAGGUCUCACACUGGGGAGAAACCCUAUACAUGCCUGGAGUGUGGAAAGAGCUUCGUUAGUAGUUCAGAUCUACGUUCACAUCAAAGAACUCACACUGGGGAGAAACCCUAUACAUGCCUGGAAUGUGGAAAGAGCUUCAUUCGUACCUCACAUCUACAUUCACAUCAAAGGACCCACACUGGGGAGAAACCCUUGACAUCUGAUUAGUUUGUUUUCAAGAUCAUUGGGGGAUCUUGUCGAAGGCCUUUCUGAAAUCAAAAUAUGCUACAUCCACAGCAUUUCCUGCAUCUACCAAGCGUGUAACACUUUCAAAAAAGAUAAUGAGAUGAGUCUGGCAUGACUUAUUUUUGAGAAAUCCCUGUUGAUUUUAUAGUGAUCACAGCCUUUUCCAAGCAAUUACAGUUUGUCUCCUUAAUUAUAUGCUCCAGAAUCUUUCCUGGUCUUGAUAUUAGGCUGACUGGAUAUUGGUCAUUGGUUGGUCCUCUCUUUUCCCCUUCUUGAAGAGAGGAACAACAUUUGCCCUCCUCAGCUUUCUGCUGGGACUUCUAUUCUCCAAGAAUCUCAAAGAGAUUAUUUAUUGUCAGUGACUCUGAAAUGACUUCUGAUUGUUCCUACAAUAUUCUUGGAUGCAGUUCAUCUGGCUCUGGAAACUUGAAUUCGUUUAGAGUAGCCAGGUAUUUCUGGACUACUUGAUCUAUUUUGGUUUGCAUAUCCUCUAUAAUACAUCAAAUAUACAUACACAAUAAUAGAAAUAUAACCAAAACUCAGAACAUUGUCAGCAACUGCCUUGGCAUCAGAUCUAAGAUUAGGAAGACAUGUUAAAAAUUGAAUAAAAAUAUGGACACAAUUAACAUUUUAAAUGCUGAUCAGUGGGUUUUAUUAGUUAGGUACUGAGUUGCCAUUGGAAUGGAAUUACUAAAUGAAAUUUUAAUCCAGUUUAAUAUUCCCUUUUGGUGUGUUUUUAAUUGUAUUGGAUUUUUUUAAAAUCAUGAGAGGAAGCAUCAUAUACAUUCCUUUUUUUAUUAUUGGAGGGGGUAGAACUCUGGGAGAAAACGCCUCUUUGAAUCCCACUCUUUGAAUUCUAUGAUCCCAUUAUUAAUUUUACCAUUCCCAAAUGGAGUUUUUGGUCACUCUGUGACUAUUGUUAUCAUGAUCAUUAUUAUAAUUAUCGAUGUGAUUAUUGUGUCACAACCAUGUAGUGCUUUUAUUGUGUAAAAUCACUUUCUAUAUGUAGUAUUAGCUUUAUCACAUUUAUAUAGCUUUUUCUAUAUAUUAUAUAUACUGUAUUUUAUUUUUACAUUGCUUACAUUUGUUUUACCUAUUACAUUUAUUUUUCUAUACAUUGGAACCAUGCCUUAAGAGCAUCCCAACUUAGGAGUGUUUUGAGUUAAGAACUGUUGCUCGGUCUUGCGUUCGCUUUGACAUUCAAGCAGCGUUUUGAGUUAAUAGCUACCACCAAAGGGAGCACUAGCACGGGAGUACAGGGCCUUAGGGCUUCAAGGGAGCAGCCUCAGUGCUUUGUUCCUCCAUGUCUCGUCCUCCUGUCCGUUUGGAAGAUUUCGUUUUGAGAUAAGAGCAUUUUGAGUUAAGAAUUUGGUCACAGAACAAAUUAAAUUCCUAAGUAAAGUUGUCAACUUACUAGCUUUGGUUCCCAGCGGACUCCUGGCUUUUCUGGGUGUCAUUUCUAAUCUUGGAGGCUGCUCCCUUUUCUCCUCGUCUUCUGGUGUGAAUGCCUGUCAGUGUCCACACAAUGAAGCCUUAUGUGCCUCAUCAAGGAAGAGCAGCGAUCAAGAGGCACAUCGUUGCCAGGAACCUUUCCCCACAGAGCCUUUAGAAAGAAGCCAUGGCCAUUAUCAAGGAAUUAAGAGGUGUUGCUGUCCAGCAGGAGGUUUGAGACAGGAUGGCUGAUGGAAGAGUAGCCCCAUGAGACACUGACCAAUAUCAUGGUAAAGAAGACAAAUGUGUUUCUGCCAUGGCGGAGCAACAGGAAGUGAGGCCAUGGGGAAGAGUGAGCUGGUCUGUUGCUGCCAUUGUCCUCUAGAAGUCCUUCUGAUCUGUUGUCAUUGAUCCCUCGAGACCCUUCUGCUCUGUCAUUGUCACUGUCCAUUAGAGGCCCCUCUGGUCUCACUAUCUUGGAAGCCGCCAAUAAAAAAAGGAUUUGAAAGGGGAGAAAGGAUGUCAGGAAACUUUACAGCUGCAGUCCGGCCUGAUAGGAGGACAAGAAAGGUUGCUCUCUUGAUCGGGCAUCCUGUCUGGCCCUGACUUGGGGGUUCAGCCCCACAUCAAGGAAAGCACCAAACCUAGGAGACCCCAAGGCCAUCUAGCUAAGCCCCUUCAGCUAUGCAGGAUGCAAUCCCUCCCGAGAGAGGCUCUUCCAACUACUCUGACCUCCGAAGUGGAGCAGGGCCAGUCCUGGUGAAAACCCAGAUGGGAGGCUGCCAGGAGUGCUUUAGGCUAGACCAUCCAGAACAUGACAGAAAGUGCCAGUGGUGGACUGGGGCCUUUGGACACCUAGGCUUUGAGCCCCCAUCAUUUGGCCAUGGAAGCCCAUUGUAGGCGACCAAGAGAGGGUCACUCUCAGGGGAAGGCAAGGGCUGCCCCUUCGGAACCAUCCAUGCUGAGAAAACCCUGAGAGAGGUCCGCCUGAUGGUUGCAUUGCCAUGACUCAGAAAGGACCCUGAAGGCCAUCAACAACAGCAACCUUUGUGUUUCCAAUCAAAUGGGAAAGUAUUUUGGACCACAAUCCCCAUUAAGGAAGGAAGCCAAUAGCGAAAGGGGGAUCAGGAGAGAAACUGACAUUUUAAAGGCAGCUGGAAAUGUGGGGCAGCAGCAGGGUAUGAAUGCUUGGUCCUCUUACAGCAGAAGGGGGCUGGGUUGGUUGGCCUUGGGGUGCCUUCGAACAGUAGGACCCUAUGAUUUCUCCCCUUAAAAUGGUCCCAAAAACUGCUACGAUUGCCCUGGCCUUCCAGCACCACGGAAGACCAGCCCAGCCAGGAGUAUUUGGGGGGGGGGGGGGGAGUGCCUUCCAUAUAUAUAGUGCUACCUCCUCCCCCUCCAAUCUCUAGUCUGUCACCUGAUGAUGGACCUGGAAAGAAGGGAGAGCCCUGACUAAGCAGCAGAGCCUAGAAGGGAGCAACACUGGCCCCUGGCUCCACUCCCAGCCCUGCUUUGGCCCGAGUCUCCUGGGAGGAAGAGCCUGGCUCUGCCCCUUGCCUCCAUGCCCCACUGCCCCAGUUUGGUGGGCAGCCUCUGAAUGAAACCGAGGCCAAAGGGGGGAGUGGUAGGAGGACCGAGAGGGAAGCUGGGACCUUUUAAAAGGUGGGACAAUGGAGGGCUCAUGGGGCUGCCCCUCUGGGAAACGCGCCCUCGGAGAAGGCCUUUUCAGGGACCCUUUUCCAGCAGAGAAGGAAUGAAGACUCGUGUAUUGCCCAAUAAGGGGGGGGGGUAGGUACCAUGGGUCCAGUUCUUCCUCCUAUCCUUUCAAACAUUUUUUCUUCCUGAUGUUCUCUUGUUUCUUGAUUCCUUUUGUCAAGUCUGUCUUCCUCUGUUCUUGAGCAAAGGGGGAAGAGAUAAGGCCAGAAAAGAUCUCAAAAACAAUUUUUAAAAUGUGGGAAUAUAUAUACCGGAAGCUUUUCUUUUGGGAUUAACAUGUGACACAAUUCAUAAGAAGUUCAGGCUGAAGGAAUUUGAAGAAUAUCACUACUGGUUUACUGUAUUUGGGGUUUUUAUCUUGACAGUGUAUGGCUUGUUUAUUUGUAAAUUUGUUUAUUGUAUAAUAAAUAAAAAUGAUGUUUUUAAAAUAAGAAAAGUCCAGUGGAGACAAGUUUUACCUCAGGAAAAAUACCUUCUACCUAAAAAAAAAAAAGCACCUUUGCCUCUUGCCAUUGCACAACAGCCCUGUCAAGUAGGCCAGGCUCAGAACUGAUUGCCAUGGUUCUUAAUGGAUAUAACGACCCUGCCAGGUACACCAGGCCCAGAAUUAAGAGCCUUGAUCUUUCUUCAUCCCAUACAAUGACCCUGCCAGGCUCAGAAUUAAGAGUCUUGAUCCUUCUCCAUCCAUACAGUGACCCUGUCAGGUACGCCAGGCCCAGCAUUAAGAGUUUCGGUUUUUCUCCAUCAAUGCAACGAACCUGCCAAGUAGAACAAGCCUGGAGUUAAGAGCCUUGGUCCUUCUCUAUCAAUACGGUGACCCUGCCAGGAAGACCACGCCUGAAAUUACGAGUCUUGGUACUUCUCCAUACAACGACCCUGCCAGGUAGGGCAGGCCCAGCAUUAAAAGCCUUGGUCCUCCAUCCAUACAACGACAUUGCCUGGCAUGCCAGGCUCAGAAUGAAGAGUCUUGGUCUUUUUUACUCAAUACAACAACCCCGCCAGGUGGGCCAGGCACAGAAUUAAGAUUCUUGGUCCUUCUCCACCCAUACAACAACCCUGCCAGGUAUGCCAGGCCUGAAUUAAGAGUCUUGGUCCUUUCCUACCCAUACAAUGACGCUGUCAGGUAGGUCAGGCCCAGCAUUAAGAGCCUUGGUCCUGCUCCAUCCAUACAACCCCGCCAGGUGGGCCAGGCACAGAAUUAAGAGUCUUGGUCCUUCUCCAUACAAUGACCCUGCCAGGUAGACCAGGCCCAGAAUUAAGAGCCUUGGUCCUUCUCUAUCAAUACUAUGACCUUGCCAGGAAGGCCACACCUGGAAUUAAGAAUCUUGGUCCUUCUCCAUGGAUACGUCCCUGCCAGGUAGGCCCAAUUUUCUGGAUCCAUCUAAGUCUGGUUUCAGGCCUGGCUAUGGGACAAAGACGUCUUGGUGGAUGAUCUACGGAGAGCUAGAUGGGAAUGUGUCCCUGCAAGUUUUCCUGGACCUCUCAGCGGCUUUCAGUACCAUUGACCAUGGUAUCCUUCUGGGCCAUCUCUCUGGGAUUGGACUUGGGGGCAUUGUUCUCCAGUGGCUUUCCUGGAGGGUCAAACCCAGAAGGUGGAGCUAGGGAAGUCCUGGUUGACUCCCUGGCCAGUGGCCUGUGGGGUCCCUCAGAGUUCAAUUCUGUCCUCCAUGCUGUUCCAAUAUUUACAUGAAACCACUGGGAGAUCAUCUGGAGUUUUGGAGUGUGGUGUCAAAUUUAUGCGGACAACACCCAACUCUAUUACUCUUUUCCACCAAAUACCAAGGAUAUCGUCAGUAAAGGAGGCCCUGCUCUCAGUCCCACCCCCAUCUCAAGUACAACUGGUGGGAACGAGAGAGAGGGUCUUCUCUUUGGCCGCCUCCCACCUCUGGAACUCCCUCUAAAGAAAUAAGGUUGGUCCCCUCCCUCCUCCUUCAAAAAACAUCUAAAGACCUACUUCUGCUCAUUAGCAUAUGGAGAGGAGGAUUAAUUAAUGAGAGACCAUUUCCAGAUCCUGAUUGAGAACUAUGCUGUAUCCAGGCGCUGUUAGUCUAGGUCAGCCCAAUUUGCCACUAUAGGCCACAUAAUCCAAUCCACACAACCGUUUUGAACUUCAGUUGGUUUUUGUAAAUUACUGUGAAUGUUUAUUUAGAUUUUAUGUCACAAUAUAAUUCUUGUCUGAUUCUGUCUGACUAUAUUAGUUUGUUAUUGAUGUUAUGUUCAAUUCACUGAUAAUAGUUUUACUUUGAUGUUAGGUUUUUAACGCUAUAUUCAUAUGUGGGGUCUUGUUGGGAUUUUAUACCCAUGUUUAUCUGUUCUUUGGAGGCACUGAAUGUAUACCAUUGUUUGUAGGAAUCCGCUCUGAGUCCCAUCAGGGAGAUAGGGCUAAAUAAAAAUAAAGUUUUAUUAUUAUUAA